AUGAGCCGAAGCGACGAGCCCCAAGCCUCCUCCUCUGCGGAUCCUCGUGCCUCGCCCAAUACAGGCGCAGGCUGCGUGACCGUCGACAAGCCCGAGCCUGACGCCGAGCGACCGCCGAACCUCGCCGUGCACCCGAGCGCCGAGUGCGAGACCCCCGGGACGUGGUCUGGAUGUGUCAUCGGCUGCUGCUACCUGCUGCUGCUCGUGGCCUGCGCGUUCCUGAACGCCGCGUUCGUGCUGUGGCCGCUGACGCUGCUGCGCGGGGGCUGCCGCCUCUCGAUCCGCAGCUGCCGCCCCGUGUUCCGCUUCCUGGAGGACAAGUACUUCGCCAUGCUCAGCGGUCUGCUGGAGCUCGUGGGCGGCGUCAAGCUCGUGGUCACGGGCGACGAGCCGCUGCACUUCGAGCCGCGCGACCACGUGCUGCUGCUCUGCAACCACCGCAGCGAGGUGGACUGGAUCUUCUUCUGGGGCUUGGCGGUGCGCCUCGGCGUGCACGACCGCCUGCGCGUCAUGAUGAAGAGCGUCAUCCGCUACGCGCCGGGCGUCGGCUGGACCAUGCUGCUGCUCGAGUACCCGUACAUCAACCGCAACUGGGCCACGGACCAGUCGAGGCUGGCCGACGUCAUUGCGUCCUACAAGCAGGCGGACAUGGGCUCCUGGCUCGCCAUGUUCCCCGAGGGCACGGCGCUGUACGACAAGACGCUGCAGAAGAGUCACGAGUUCGCCGAGAAGCAAGGCGAGGCGAGGUGGGACUACGUCCUGCAGCCGAGAGUCAAGGGCUUUGAGCUGUGCGUGGACAAACUGGACCCCGAGUACGUCGUGGAUCUCACGGUUGCCUAUCCGGAGCUCAUGGACGGAGUGAGACCGUCGCCGAUUCGCUUCGUGAGAGGCCAAUACCCGACGGAGGUGCACAUGCACGUGAAGCGGUAUCACCGGUCUGCGUUGGAGAAGCACAAAGAGCACAUGGACCAGUGGCUGAAGGACCGGUUCACCGAGAAGGAGGAGCGACUUCGGUGUUUCUACGAGACUGGCGCGUUUGAGGGCAAGCAGUGCACGCGCGGCUAUCAUGUGGGCGGUGUCGCUCUGUUGGCCUCGCAGCAGGCUCUCUUCUUCGUUGCUGAAAACCACCUCGGCUACGCGCGGGCGCGACGCCGCCUGCCGGUAAACCUGCGCGCCCUCGAGCUUACUCGUGCGCGCGUCAACAGCCACGAACGCUGCGAAGGCCAGCAUCAAGAUCAGGCCGCGCGCAGACACCAUAGUACUUGGUAG